GAGGCGAAGCAAAGAGCCACAGAGACCACCAGCUCCCGCGACGCAGAGGACCAGUCAGUUGUGCGUCAGCCGUGCGAGUGGGAGGACACGCGUCGCUCGCUUGUGCCCUUGUCGUGACUGCUCGGCCACCUCAAGCUCGGAGUUCAAGUACACGAGAUUGUAUUUUCUUAACUUUCUUGCCCAUUCGCGCGUAUAUAUGUCAAUCUGCUGGUGACCUGGAUCGGAUAUCUAACUAGUUUGUGGUGUUGUUGAUGGAAGCGUCCGAAGAUUGGGAGAUGUAAACGAUAACAGCGAGUUAGUGCAGAGCGCGGCGCGAGUGUGCGAGUAGUGUUGGCGUGGACGGGACCACUCAGCGGCGGGUGAUGCUGGGGAUGCUGGCGACGACGGCGGAGAGCACGGCGUGAGCAGCCCCUAGUGUUGGCGAGGCGCCCCCCACACACACAUACAUCAUGAAAGACACCGAGCCCCUCACCCCUGACUGUCGCAAGAGGGCGGGGCACAAAGGCAGCCCGCCCUUCUGGCCGCUGCUGUGCCUGACGCUGCUGGUGCUGGCGCUGGCCCAGGCCGGCGCCUUCUUUUUCCUUUUCGGCCGCCUGGAGGACACGCGCGGCCGGCUGGAGGCGGCCACAGUGCAGGGCGGCAGGCGGGAGGUCAGGGUCACCCGCGACCUUCACGACCUGCGCGAGAGGCUAGACGAGCUGGCCGAGGAGUGCAGCCACACCAAGGCCACCGCCCACGCCCGCCGCCCACCCGCCUCACCGCCCCACCCGCCCCCACACAAGUCUUAUCAGAACCCACUGAGGAAUCUCGCGGGUAAAGGGCGUGUGAAGCGGCGCGCGUCGGAUCCCUCUUAUGGCGUCAAUGGGGCUCUGGGUGAGGUGAGCGGCGGGGACGGCGAGCUGAGCGUGCAACUGCAGGGCGAGGAGCGGAGCAGCGAUCAGGACAAGUCGUGGCUGCAACUGACCUCCUACGCCAAGCUGCCGGUGAGUACCCCGCAGCGCCUCGCAACUGGGGGCUGAGUUCAGCCUUGUGGUCACAUAAAGUUGUUUCUGGCGACUGCUGUUUCCUCUGGGAUUGUGACACUUUAGUGUUUUGGUAAAGGAUCCUUACCAGUGGUUAAGACCACCUGGGUACAUUUACAGCAGAGCACCAGUCUCACUCCGGUGGACAAAACUUUUUUUUCCGAUUAGCUUUGAUGUGCUCUUUAUAUCAACAGCACAUGAACAUCAAUCAGAAAAAAAGUCAACCAUCGGAGUGACACGAGCGCUGUUCUGUAGUAACACCUCACCUUUAGUCAUUUGCCAGAAGAUUUAGGUCAUGGCCACAAUUCUUCCAAAGACUCUUUUCGCUUAGCUUAAUUACAAAACUUGUGUGAGGACUUUUCUAGUCCUCUCUUUAAAUUUUAUAGAAACUAAGCAAAUAAUAAGCGUUUUUUUAUCUGUACUUGCUGUGCUUCAAGCUACGAAGGGUUGAAACAAUAUUAAAUUCUUUAAAAAAACAUGUAGAGCAUUCUGGAUGAAGACAACACUCGUGCACUGUGAGCGAUAAAUCACAAUUCGCUCCAAUAAACACACAAAGAGCGACGCUUACACAGAAAAAGAAAACAGCCAAUAUUUUUACGGCCCAGAAAUGCUGAAACCUUGAAGAAUUUCCAAACCUUAUCCGGAAAAUAAACCUUCCUUUUCCACGAAAGACCGCUUCAGAUCAGGAACGAAAAACCAACCAAACAAACGAUGAAACACAAAACAAUAAACCUUUCCAUCUCGAAUACUUAAGAGGCGAGGGCGAGGCUGUGACGCAAGCAAUCCCGAUAUCCGCGAAGCAUUGAGUCGAAGCAGCGAACGAAGCCCGACAACACGCACGGACUGAGCCAGACUACGCCGGAAGAUCACGUGCCUCUCCCUCACCCUUGCCCACCCCCUCCAGCCCACCUCCCUCCUCCUUACCCCCUUCCCUUUAUGCCCCAUCAUUGUGCCCAAGAGAAAAAUUAAAUGAGGGGAGUAGAAUAAUGAUAAAAAACUCUCUACAAACUUUUACCUCCCGUCCCUUCAGGCUCAGAAAAAAAAGUCGUUACCUUCAUCAAAUAAGUCAAUGUUGCACACUCAAACAUUCCUACAAAAAGAAAAAAAAAAUGCAAAGCGGGAAAAAUAUGAAAUUACAUCCAACAAAAAAAGUCACGGUAGAGUAUAUUAAACAAAAAGCUUUGUGAUGAAGCGUAGUUUUGUUAUGUUUGUUGUUAUUUUUAUUAUCAUUUCCAUCAUCGUCAUAAUUAAAACAAAUAGAAAACAUUCACCACCCACAGCAAUAUUAUUUUUCAAUUUAACUAUUGCACUAACAACUAUUCAACCUACUUCUACAACAUUUACAACAAUUACUACCACAACUCUUUAUUACUGUUUCUACGUACAACAACAACAACAACUACUACUACUACUACAAUUUUUUCUUCUUUUUCUUCUUCGUCUUUUUCUUCUACUUUUGUCUUCUUUUACUACUACUACUACUACUACUACUCCUACUACCCCCACCACUACUACUACUACUACUACCAUCACCACUACUACACCUACUACUACUACCACCACCAGCCCCGCCGCCUCCUCAUACCAUCCCUAUAUCCGUAUGCUUGGCCACCCUUCCCCCUCCCUCGACGCCGUAUCGAUGCCAAACACCUGCACACAUGCCCUUCGUCCUAAUUAACACACCUGCCUACACGUAUCCACACACCUGGGAGCGUCAGCGAGGUGGGGCACGUCAAUCCACCCUACCUUACAGCCACACUUUUUUUUAUGCCGUCGCAACCUUCACUUUCAAGCCAGGCAACACCUUUUUUUUCUCUCUCUCUGGGAAAGGUGCACGUGGGAAAAAAAAAUCAAGCGUAAAAAAGAAGUGUAAAGAAAGACUAAAAAGAACAACGGGAAGGAAAUAAUGCAGAAUAAAGUCAUGCGUGAAGUUGUGAAAGCAGAACUACUACUAGGUAUAUGAAAAACGGCGCAUAAAACAGAUGUGGAAAAUAGAUUGUUAGAAAAGAGUAUGGGGAAGAAAAUAUAUUACAAUAGUUAAGCGUGAAGUUAUGAGUGCAGAGCUACUAACAAGGCAUACGGAAAAGAAACAGCGUAAAAGAAAAAUGUGGAGAAAGAAAAUUAAGAGAAAAGAGGGACGAUUACAAUGUGGAAAUUUUUCUGUAUUAGUUUAGUACACGUAUAAAAAGGAAUGUGUGAAUAUGUAACAAGUGCAAAGCUAGGGUAUAAAGAGACUGUUUCUGCUCCUUAAGUACUGUCAAUCGUCUUCGGCUCACAAUAAAUAUUUCCAAAUGCUACAAGGGAGAUAAGGCGAGUUCGCGUGUUUUUUCUUUUAUUUUUACAUUCAAAGGCGCAGAAACCUUGUCAAACUAUAUCACCAGGCUCAUACAACUAUCCAUGGAAAUAGCCACAACCUCUACGGAAGCCUUUUGCCAGAUGUGGGUGUGUAAGCCCCGAUAUUUUUGGGUAUUGGGAACGAAUACUGACACAUGCUACAUAACUCGUGGUGGCUGUAUGUGUCGUGCCUACCUGAGCUAUUUUCCUCCCCUUCAGACAGGCUUCAAAACAGGCCUCCCACGGCAUAACGAGACUCGACGUGAAGUAUUUUAUUCCCUCCCCACCCGGGCUUGAAUAUUUGUCGCAGCUAGUCUAGAAACAUUAAUAAUCAUGUUCUUGAGCAAAUAUCUCGCUCUUCAGGAA